CCUAAGAUGGCGACCCUACGUAGACGGACUUGCGAAGGGCUGGCUGAGUGCACUUCUUGGUUAUUCGCCUGAAGUCGCCAAGAUCUGCAGGGGUUGUGCAAAGAAGUUUGGACGGUCGUAUUCUGAUAUCCAUGUGUGUUUAUAAUGAUGCCAGUGAUCUAGAUGUAGAAUGGUGAUCAGAGAGAGCCUCAGACAAUGAUGUUGUCUGCCAAGCAUUCAUUUUCUUUGAUUCAUCGGUGAUGUACUCCCUGUCAUCAUGAAGACUACUAUCAAACUGGGCCUGUCCAUCUCCCUUCUAUGGCUGGUCAGCCUCGUCUUCCUUAGUGGUAUGUUCUUCCCGCCAGGGGGCCAAGAGACGGGAGGAGCAAUGGGGGUAGGAGCUGAGUUAAAUCACCUCACCAAUGAGCUUCAUCGUAUGCGGAGACAGAAUGAUGAGCUUAGGAAACAAGCCAAAGAACUCAGGGACCUGGUUGAAACAAAAGAGGCAGACUCAGAGGAAGACCAAGCCCAGUUAUUAAAGGAUCAACUUGUCAAAGCUAACAACCUAGUUGAUGUAUUGAAAAAGGAGAGCAGUCAAACUUACAGUAAUAAAGAUGAGCCAUCUGCACAUUCUUCCUGUAGUACUGGGCCAAGCACAGACAGUGAGAAACUUAGACGCCGCAUUCACAAUGAUGUGGUUGAGAUAUGGUACUUCUUAAAGUCUGAACUGCAGAAGAUUAAGCUGCUGAGUUCCAAUGAAAACAUGAAGGAGAAGGUCAACCAAAUACUGGUGGAUGGUGGGCACCAACAAAGAGCCAUCCUUGUAGAUAUCUAUAACUUGAGCAGGAUAGAUAAUAAUGCUGCAUGGAGAGACAAUGAGGCUAAAGAAUUAAGCGAUUUGGUGCAAAGAAGGUUUCAUUAUUUGCAGAAUCCUGCUGACUGCAGCAGAGCUAAGAAGAUAGUAUGUAACCUGAACAAGGGUUGUGGGUAUGGCUGCCAGGUACACCAUGUUGCAUAUUGUAUGAUAGUAGCCUAUGGUACUCAGCGCACAUUGAUUCUACAAUCUAAAGGAUGGCGCUAUGCACCAGAAGGAUGGGAGAAAUUUUUCCUUCCAUUGAGUGAGACAUGUGUGGAUCGAAGAGGAGAAAGUACAACUAGAUGGGGAUCAACAAUUGAGAAGAUGGCUCACACUCAAGUGAUUGAUCUACCUAUUGUGGAUGGGAUCCAUCCAAGACCAGACUUUCUACCCCUUGCUAUUCCUGAAGACCUCUCAAAAAGGCUUAUACGUCUGCAUGGCAAGCCAAUUGUCUGGUGGAUGGGGCAAGUCUUGAAGUAUAUUCUCAGACCACAGCCAAAUCUUGCCAACCAACUGGAAUUAGCCGGACAGAAAUUGGGAUUUCAGCAUCCAAUUGUCGGGGUGCAUGUGAGGCGUACAGAUAAAGUAGGAACUGAGGCUGCAUUUCAUGGCAUUGUUGAAUACAUGAUCCAUGUAGAUGAGUAUUACAAUACCCUUGAGAGAAUCCAAGUUGUUAAUCAGCGAAGAGUUUAUCUUGCCACGGAUGACGCCAGUCUCUUAUCAGAGGCCAGAAAAGCGUAUCCACAGUAUCUUUUUAUUAGUGACAAUGCAAUAUCCAAGUCAGCUGGUCUGUCAAGCCGAUACACCAAGAAUGCACUACUAGGUGUCAUUACAGAUAUUCACUUCCUAUCUUUAUCGGACUUCUUAGUUUGUACCUUCUCUUCUCAGGUUUGUAGAGUUGCUUAUGAAAUAAUGCAGACCUACCACCCCGAUGCAUCAGCGUUCUUCCAUUCCCUGGAUGAUGUUUAUUACUUUGGUGGACAAAAUGAACAUAGACAAACAGCUUUGUAUGAGCACAAGCCACAAGGAAAGGAUGAGAUAGCGUUAUCCCCUGGUGACAUCAUUGGUGUAGCUGGUAACCAUUGGGAUGGCUAUUCUAAAGGCAAGAAUCACCAACUCAGAGUCAAGAAUACUGGUCUCUACCCUUCCUACAAAGUACAAGAAUUUAUUGACGUUGUUAAGAUGCCUACUUACCCACAAGUCCCUCUGCACAUCCAACCCCAAAACAACAUAACUGAAGUAUAACAUUGAGUAGACUAGUGUAUAUCUUUCAAAAAUUAUUUUUAAUUGUGCAUGAUAAAAAAAAAUAGCAGUAAUUCUAAAAAGUAUAUUAAAAUCUAUAUUGUGUCAAUUUUGUAUGCAACUCGUUAGAAAAUGUAUGUUUUUGUAUUUGCAUGGGUAUGUUUUUAUGCCAGUAUAGUAUGUUUUAUUUCGCAAGACUUUCCUUGAAAUUAAACAAGGAAUCACUCAUGGUAAUAAGUAAUAUUUAAUGUAACGGUACAAUGUACAUGUUAACCACUUGGUACUUGCUAAUGCAUAUUGUUAGCUGGCCCUGAUAUAGGAUGAUAACAAUGGGAGCACCUAAGCCAGACUAGUCAACAAAGAAUGAAUGUUGAUGAAUAUGAUGGUGCCAAUAUUGUUACAAGUUGAAAAAAUGGGAUGUGCCGGGGGGAAUGACUUUCAACGAAGGACAAUAUUCUACUAUUGCAAGAUGGAAAACAUUCAGUGUGGAAACUAUGUUUCUAAAUCCAUAGAAUGUUUUCUCCUGUGUACAGAUCCAUGUACAUUGCGUUUGAAGCCAAAACAUGAUUUAAUCAAAAGCCUUGGGUACAAUACUGGGGGUGUAAAUCAGCUCAUCAAACUAGUUAAUAUUGUCUAGCGGUACCAUGUCCAAUGUGGAUCAGCUCAUCAAACUAGUUAAUAUUGUCUAGCGGUACCAUGUCCAAUGUGAAUCAGCUCAUCAAACUAGUUAAUAUUGUCUAGCGGAACCAUGUCCAAUGUGGAUCAGCUCAUCAAACUAGUUAAUAUUGUCUAGCG